CCUCCCUGUAUCGUCGUCCGUGCUCGUCAUUCCGCUGCCGAGUCGAGUCCGCCGGUUCUGUCCCAUACGCCCGCCCAGCCUGCUGCUGGCUACUGCUGGCUACUACUGCUACCGCCGCCGCCGCCGCAUUCGUCCAUCACAAACACCAGUAUUAUCUUGCCUGCCUGCCUGCCUGCCACACCUCGACGUCGGCGGCGCCAUCCCUCCCUCCCCGCCCUACUACCACAGCCCAUUGCACCUAGUACCUGGGAGUCUGCAAGAUCCUAGCUGCAUCGAAUCCGCAUCCCGCUGUGUGUCCCGCCAUCCUGGUUGACAAUCAUGGUAGAAGCAGAAGGCAGCCCCACGACGUGGAAGUUUACACAAUGCUUUGGCGACAAAGGAGAUGUUGAAGACAUAACAGAAGCGGACAUCAUCUCCACAGUCGAAUUCGACCAGACGGGCAACUACCUGGCGACGGGCGACAAGGGUGGUCGAGUUGUACUGUUUGAGAGGAACGAGACGAAAAAAACAUGCGAGUACAAAUUCCAUACCGAGUUCCAGUCACACGAACCCGAGUUCGACUACCUCAAAUCGCUCGAAAUCGAAGAAAAAAUCAACAAAAUCAAGUGGUGUCGUCGACAGAAUGCCUCGCAUUACCUCCUCUCCACAAAUGACAAGACAAUCAAGCUAUGGAAGGUGUUCGAAAAAUCCUUAAAAGUGGUGGCGGAAAACAAUCUAUCACACGAAUUGACCCCUGGAGGUGGGGUUGCUGGCGGAGGCGGUCCUGUCAGGAACCCAAAUGCGCAGUUCCGCAGCGCCACCGACUUGAAGCUCCCCCGACUCACACACCACGACACUGUUGUCGCGGCUGUGCCUCGAAAGACGUACGCGAAUGCACAUGCCUACCACAUCAACAGCAUAUCAGUAAACAGCGAUGGAGAGACGUUUAUUAGCAGCGAUGACCUGCGGAUCAACCUUUGGAAUCUCAAUAUUCAGGAUCAGAGCUUCAACAUUGUCGACAUCAAACCCGCCAAUAUGGAGGAGCUCACAGAGGUCAUCACGGCCGCCGAAUUCCACCCUAUAAGCUGCAACUGGUUCAUGUAUGCCAGCUCGAAAGGUACUAUCAAGCUAGCAGAUAUGCGAGAGAGUGCUUUGUGCGACCAGCACGCGAAGCAAUUCGAGCAAGAGGAAGACCCAUCUUCUCGCUCCUUCUUCUCCGAGAUCAUUUCGUCCAUCUCAGAUGUACGCUUCUCACACGACGGGCGAUACAUCCUCUCACGCGACUACCUGACCGUGAAGAUCUGGGACGUAAACAUGGAGCGAACUCCAGUCAAGACAAUUCCCAUCCACGAACACUUACGGCCCAGACUCUGUGACACCUACGAAAAUGACAGUAUCUUUGACAAAUUUGAGGUCGUUUUCUCCGGGGAUGCCAAGAACGUCAUGACUGGCAGCUAUAACAACAACUUCAUGAUUUACCCGUCGGACCCAGAGAAAGACACGGAAGUCGUGCUCCAGGCCGACAAGUCGGCUUUCAAGGCUAAGAAGGUGGGUAUUCCGACGCCAAUGAACUCGUCAACAAGCCCGACGGGCAGCAGUGCUAGUAAGAAGGGUGGUUCAAGAGCCGGUAGCCCCGCUGCUGGCGCAGUCGGGCAAGGGCAACGUAUGAGGAAGGAAACGGACGCGGAUCAGAUCGAUUUCAACAAGAAGAUCUUGCAUAUGAGCUGGCAUCCAUUCGAGGACAGUAUUGCCAUCGCAGCGACAAACAACCUUUUCGUCUUUUCCGCAUUGUAAUGGGUCGCUGUCAUGGCGCGGAUCUUUCUCCAGGGCAUUCGCAAAUAGAAGCAUUUACUUGCUUGUUCCUUGGCGGUCUUACUUCUCCUCUUUCUUCCUUCACGUUUGGCAACAGCCUGCUCGGCGGCGCUAGGAUGGUAGAUUUGGACCCAGCAUGGUGAACAGGCGCGAGGGACGCAGAUGGUUCAUGUCGUCAUGCGCAAUGUGAAUGAUCGAAAUGCAAAGCAGUGUAGAUUGGAACAGCACAACAACGACUCUGGGUAAUGCAGAGAAAUAACAAAAGAAAUCAUGUUCAGAAGCUAUUCUUUUGGUGGCCUGUCCUACGAUGCUUGGAUCUAGAAGCUCCUUUAACUUGUCACCUAGCGUAGCAGUUAUUCGCGAUCAAAAGCCUGUCUGUUCCAAACUUUUUUAAAGGGACCUUUUAUAGGCAUUCAAGCUUUUCAAAAAUUCCCGUG